AAGAGCUCCCAGCAGAUGUGAUCAGUCAGUCGUAUACCUCACACAAACACACUCAAGGAUACACAGUACGAGGCACCAACCAGUCAGGACGUUCACACCUGUGGAACAAACUGAUACAGCAGAUUACAACACAGGAGAGUGGAUAACCGGCCCUACAAGAGGUUCCUUGGAGAGAAGAUGGAACAUGUCCAGAUCAUGCUUGCAGCUGGGGCGCCCAUCUCAAUUGUGGCCGUGGGCUUAACAGUGCUCACCUGGAGAAUUGUGAUCUCAGACAUAGUCACAGCGAUAGCCGGGGCGAAUGUUAGACUAGCUGAAGGUAUUCUUCAAACCAUGGUCAGGACUGUGGUCACGAGAUGUGUAAAUCUAGCUGGAGGUUUGGAUCCUGUCAAAGAGAAGGGACUUGCAUCUCUUGUGGUCUCUGAGUAUGGCGCUGUAGGAGCAGCACUAGGUGGAGCAGUUGGUGGAGCUGUUGGGGGGACAGUGAAUACCCUCCUGGGGGAUGUGCUCCCGGUAUUCGGACAGGCAACUGGGGUCGCACUGGGUGUAGUUUUGGGUAGGAUAUUUGGCCAGGCAUUCACCAGCGAAAUCCUGAGAAGGAACGCAAUAACAGACAAAGGCAUCGCAGGGCCACUAGGGGGCGCGUUAGCGGGCGGCUUUGGAGCAUUGUUUGGCCUCAUGGCAGGAGGGGUUAUUGGAGGCUUUAUGGGAGCACUGCUAGGGGCUGUUGGAGGGAAAUAUUUAGGCAAUUGGUUGAAGAAGACAUUUCUUGGAGGACAACAAUGUUUCAUUUCAGUGCUUUCAGCCAUAGCCGUAGGACUUAUCACAUCCUUAGGACACAUCACAACAAUCUUUGGAGUCAUCGGGCUGCUUGGGAGCUUGGUGGCAAUCCUGGUGGUGCUCACGGUAUCCAACAGACGACAUACAUCCAAAGCUACCCACACCUCUACCAACGUGCAAGAAGCAAAGGGAGAAGAACACAGCAAUCAAGCGGAGAAUGAGAAGGGGAUAAACAUUAUCGACCAGAAACUUGUUUGGCAAUAUUUUGCCUUGAUGCUUUCAGCUCUGGGGCUCAUCACAAUACUGUUUACAGGUGUAACGGCGGCCUUAACCCUCGUAAGCUUAGCAGUUAUCGCAGCGGUGCUAGAACUAUUCAGUGGUGCACACGAAUCCAAGGGUUCGUCAGAAGUCGUCACAGCAGCCAAGAGCAUUGUGGAACCUGCUGUCACAAGCUGUGGAAAACUAGACGAACUUUUGAAGCAAGUCGUAAGACAGAAAGUAACACCAAUCGUGCUCUCUAAGCGUGAUGGAGAUGCUUGCACCACCGGGGGAGCCAUAGGUGGAGCUGUGGGUGGAACUAUUGGUGGGGCAGCAGUCUCACUCUUGAAAGUGAUACAUCCAGUCUUUGGGCAGGCAGUAGGCGGGGCCCUGGGGGUAACGGUCGGUUGGAAAAUCGGCAAAGCGUUCACCACCGACAUCCUGAACAGGAACGGGCAGAUGGACAAACAUGCUGCAGGGGCAUUAGGUGGCGCGAUAGGGGGGAACAUUGGGGCGUUUUUUGGCUUCAUGACGGGAGGAGUUGUUGGCGGUUUAAUUGGAGGUGUGAUUGGCAUGAUGGGAGAUAGGUACUUAGGGAUCAGGAGUUAACUUCUUUGAAAAUAUGUUUGUAGUUUAUUAGCAUUAAGGAUGUUUCCUGUACAGGAGUUAUUACAGACUACAGACUAUUACUAUUAUAAAGUGGAGAAGAAGCAGUGGGUUGAGGGUUACUGAUGUUAAAUUGUAAUCCAUUUUCUGGUCUUGACCCUACAAUUGUAUGUUAUAAAAUGUACAUUAUCAUAAGAGUCUUUGAGUUAUUAGCAGAAUCUCAUUUAAAUGUGGAAAUUAAACCAUAUUAUUCAGACUCUCACGUCAACUGCAAUUUAGUUUUGUCUUUACUACUGUUGUGGUGUUUGACAUUCA